AUGAGUAAACUCAUUGAAAUGGUGAUCGAUCAGUCGAAUAUAACCUACGAUACUGUUAGAUUUAAGCGUCCGUCGGUUGCUGCCGAGAUUCUAUCUUCCCGCGUUCCUGGGUUAUUGGAUUAUAUUGUUCCCGGUGGUAUAAAUCCUGAAACUGAUUCUUUGCCUUUUGUGGAUAAGCUUAUUUCCUUUAUUGACACUCCGUGCUCUCCAAAUCCACUUUCUUCCGGAUUCUUUGUCAAAAUAAUGACCAAUCUCUUUUCUAACAAGGCUAAUGAGCUUGUGCCGUAUCUUCGGACGACAAGGCGACAAUUCCUGCCAAAUGUUUUGAGGCACAUUGACCUCCCGGCCAUUGCAGAGCUCCUCAUAGAAAUCACACACCAAGAUAACAAUCAGCAACAUGUUAUUGCUCAAUGGUUCCUUGAAUGUGAAGUGUUUUCGAAACUCCUGGAUAUGAUUUCUUCUCCCGAUGAAUCUGAUGAGAAACAGGAAUCAGCGUGUAAAUGUUUGGUUGAGUUGAUAGGGAGCUAUCGAAACCACGUCGUAUUCGCUUCAUCUGAGGAUACUGAUGAAGACGACUUGCUGACAAAAGAUACGGCUUCUAAUGCUCAAGAUCGUCCUGAAACAGUUCUUCUUGCAAAAUCCAUUGCAAUUCUGGAUGUUUUGGAAGGGGAAUCCUUUAUGACUCGAUUAGUAGAUGUCAUCGGGAAUGAGACUUCUUCCAUUACUUCACGCAAUUCUGCAAUUGAUAUCCUGCUUACGCUGGUUGAUAAGACGAAAUCCCCGAAUGGUCUACCACCGAGUGGUGGCGACGAAUACAUUUCAGACAUCCCUCUGGACAGUCUUCCAAGCACUCGGAUGAUCUUCAGUAACCCCCUCUUAACCAAGAACAACUGCCCUCUCUUGAAGGCACGUAUUAAGCUUGCCGAAGCUACAGCUUGUUCGGUUUUAAUUCCUCGUCUACACAAAUUGUACAGUCUCCUUCAAUCCAACAAUAUUGCUGUCUUUUCGCAACAAAACUAUCCUCAGAUGCCUACCACCGUCGGCGUUUUAAACCCACCUCUUGGGAAGACUCGUCUGGCGAUAGUUAAUUUAAUUUCUAUACUUCCACAACUUCGCGGUGAUGAGAAGAACGUAGAGGAUUUGAGACAAGCCCUUUGCAAAGAAUCCUUUCUUCCCCUCGUUAUGGAUCUCUUUGUGAAGUAUCCCUUCAACUCUCUCUUGCACAGGGCUGUUGUACAUCUGAUUAAGCACCUUGUAAAUGUAUCUGCAUGUUCCUCAACAAAGGCGUCUGAACAAGUAUCUGAUGCUGGCACCAAUGUAAGAGCGAAGCCUCUCUCAGAAGAAAAUACAACGGAAGUUAAAAAAGACGAUGAGGUUACUGGAGAAGCGGAGAAAGAAGUGUCCGAAUUGCCUGACUACCUGGUCAAUCAUAUCCUCCACGAAUCCCAUAUUAUUGAAUGGAUCCUUCGACUCUCUUGCAUUCCACAAGAGCAGUCUAGUGAUUCUGAUCCAUCAGCCGCCUGCCGAUCAUCAAAAGUGAAACCCAAACCUGGCUACUCUGGUCAUCUGUGGCAAAUUGCAAAUCUUAUAAAUGACCAAUUUCCCACGACUGAGACUCUUGCAGGCCUACCAUCUGAUGUGAUCACGAAAUGGCAAGCGUUUGUAGAAGGACCUCUCACAGCAAUCAAUGAAGCUCAAAAAAUCACCAAGGUUGGUGGCUUGUUACUUAAAGCUUCCAGACUUGGGUCAAUUGGCAUUGGUCGCACGCCUUCGGUUUCUCGGCCGGAUCCAAACGAAGACGCUUUUGACGAAUUCCCAGGCUCUAGUGGUUUAUCCCAUCCUGUUUGCCCCGUGGAAGAGAGCAAGCCAACUCGAGAUAGUGAUAAUGAUGAUGGAGAUGAUGAUAAUAACAGUGAUAGUGUCAGUGAUUCCUCAGAUGAAGAGGACUUACAGUCUCCUGCUGUGAUUCGCCAACAGCGAACCAAUCGGACACCUACCGUUUUGAACUCAGCCAAUGGUAACCAGUCGGCCUCUAUGAAUCCUCUCGAUACACACGUUUCUCCUUGGCCAACUGAGGUACCUGAAACUUCCACUUCUGCUAUCUCCUCUGUUCAAAUAUCAACUCCAGAAGGUGACAAGGCUUCAGAUAACUCGAAUCCCGAUGAAUGGGCGGAUUUCACCUCUGCCUUCGGUUAG